AUGAACGUUCCCGCCGGCGCCCUCGAUCAAUUGUACAUCGACACCUACCCCUCGUCCUUCAAGGAGAACGAAGAGCGCUUCCGUCUCAAGGAGACCAUUGUGUCUUCCUUCAGCGAGCUUCUUGUUCGCGACCAAACGUCGUGCACCGUCUUUCAACGCUCAUCAACCCUUGGGGCCGCUCCUCUGGAUGCCGCCUCCGUGUUUUUCCCCAUUCUCCAUGAGGAUGGGAUGUGGAGCCUCAUUGUCAUCCUGCCUAGCUACCGGUGCAUCUUGCACUUCCUCUGGGCUCGCGUCGACAGAGUCCUCGCUCGCCAGUUGGAGAGUGCCUGUUGCCUCCGCUGGUAUUCAAGCCUUCCCGAGCCUACUGGAUGGGAGAAGUACACUGCAAGGGACAAGAAGAACCCAGGAGAGUGGCCUGCAGUUCACUACAAUACCUAG